GGUUAAGAUGUACGAAAACAAUACAAAUUGAAAGACAGUUGUUUUGCCGGCAAAAAAUCGCCGACAUAUAUUAAGAGAUGGAGACUAGUGUUAUAUGUGUGACUGAAAUGGAUACAGACAACUGUCAGAGAGAGGAAAUUAAGGCUGGUGGGAUACUGGAAGCAGGAUGUGUUUACUUGAUAAUGAGGGAAGGCUGUCAUGUAUCCCUAAGUUCUAGAACAGAAUGGUUACUGGAACAUCUAAACAAAACAGUUUCCAUCGAAGAAACGCAGACUGAAGAGCAAGAGCUCAUAGUCAGAUCUAUUGUGCCAUAUGAACCCCCACCAAACUGUAAUUAUGAAGCUAGUCAUUAUUAUAAAUAUCUCAUCACACAACAGUCAAAAGUAGUUUUCCUGUCUCACAAGUACCGUAUAGUUUAUUGUUUAGACAUGAGUCCCUCAUUGUCUGCAGUGGAUAUUCAAAGAGGUGAAGUUAUGAUAGAUGAGAUGUUUGUUUCUUUGAAACAUAGUUUGGAAGGAUUAACAAAACCAUGUUGUAUUCCUGGCUCAUCUGUGGAAUUUAGGCCGCAGAUUUAUGUUACAGUAAUAGCUCAUACUCCAUUCUUCACCACACCAGCUCAGCAGGUGCUGGUUCAAGGCUGGGAAAUUACUGAAGAAAAUUUAGAAGUAUUUCUUAAAACUGUUCAACAGCAGCUUCUGGAGCUAGAAAACAUUGUGGCCGAAGUAGCGGGUAUUGCAUAUGAAAGAGUGGAAACAAUUAGAGCUGAAUCUGAAAAACUUGUUGGGGGACUGUUUGAGGAAACCAGUGAACUGAUGCAGCCACCAACUGCUCACAUUCCUAUGGUUAGUCCAGAUUUGGGAUUUAUCAACAUGUUACGUUAUGCCAUAUUGGCACUGAGGCUACUUCCUGACUCCAAUUCUUCAAAUAUUGUCAUUCUUACGGAUGGAAUUAUAGCAGUACCUGAUGCACAUGUCUUUGAUUCUCUCAUGAAUCAGCUACGUACAAAUACAAUACAAUGUUCUUUUCUUCAUGUGGGAUCAUUGUUCCAUCCAGAGUGUUGUACAGGAAUGGUUCCUGAUGUGGACAUUAUGAGAUUUAUUGCAGAAGCUACACACGGUGUUUGUAUGAACAAUGUAUCUGAUUAUGAAAUAAAUGCAGCAGCCUGUAUGAAUGUCUACCAUAAUGCGUUUUUGACAUGGAGCUUUUACACUACUUUUCCUUCUGUGCCAUCAAAUUACCACUCAUCUCAUGGAAAUGUGCUCAUUUGGAAUACAAGACCUUACUCUUUUCGUGGGACUGAAGAACCACAGUUACUGCGUAAAAACCAAAUGGAAGACAAUUUGAAUUUGAGCUUGUCAGCAAUUAUUUGCUGUCGCCAAAAGGAAGGAUUUUCUAUUAGGGCAAUUAACAUCUGUGAAAGUCAUUUGGAGAUACAUCUUGUUCUUCCAUGGAAAAACUAUAUUUAUCUUGAGUACGUCCUCACUACUCAGUGGCCUAUUAGUCCAGUUACGAGCACACCUAUACAUUAUCGCAUUAACAUUGAAGCACCAUAUGAAUUCCUACAUGAUGUCACAUGCCUUGUUAAGAAGGAGUUUAAAUCUCCAUAUCGACAAGCUGUAGUCUCGAGAUUUUGGGCCACGUUCAAAAGUUUGGGAGUGUCUGAUCAAAUAUUAGUUCAUCUUAACACUUUCCUCAGUAAUUCUACUGCAUAUGUAGUGCCUGAGAGUAUACGCAGUGGUAUGCCUGUAUUUUAUCUUCCACCAAAUUCAUGCAGCCCUUCUCUAACUUCUAGUGAUAUGACUAGCCCACAGUUUUGGCAGUACUGGCGACAGAUUGUUUUGAUGGAUCCAAAUUCAUGGCAUAAGUGGCUGUAUACAAGAACUGUUAGUUUGAUAUUGCAACAUGACCAUCCAUUGCCAAAACACCUUCAUCUGGCAAAUACAAGUGGUCGCUUUCAGGUCAUUCAGUGUCGUCAGGCCGCUGCAGCACUUUACGCUCUUCUCAAAGACUGGAGCACCUUUGUGCUGAUUGAGAAUCAAGCAUAUGUUAAGCUCAUCCCAGGUGAUUUAGAGAAGCCCCCUCAGUCUUUUGUUGCUCUAAAGGUAGCCUCAAAAGCUCCAUGUGUAGUGCUCCAUUUAGCUUUCCUUGAGGGUACACCAUCAAUGAUACGACAACAGAUUGUAGGUCAACUGAGAGACCAGGUAGCUCAUCUCACAUUUCCUCAGAGGCCUUCUACUAAGGAUGUACUGCCAAGAAAAGUUUCUGUGACUCAGAAUUUACAACAGCAUUCGCCAGUUACUAGGACUUGGUCAGAAAUAAAGUGUUGUUCCCUACUACGUAAACCGGUUGAAAAAAUUUUGAUCAGGUAUGAACGUGUUCCACCAGAUUUCAGCACUGUUGUUUUCCCUGAUGGAACACAACCUGCAACUUCAGGAAAGCAAUUACUCUACAAUAUGGCAGGUGCUAAUGCAGGAGGACUGCUUACAACUUUAUCCAGAUACUUACAUCACCGCCGCUGGCUCUGGUCAACACAAUCUGGACCUAAUUCAUCUAUUGGGAUACCAGCUAUUGCAAGAAUUCUUUCAACUAUAACAAAAAUGAGGCUUCAGGAAGGCUUCACUUUUGCUCAUUCAUCUGCUGGGAUUAUUAAUAUGGUUCUUGAGGUUGAGAUGAAGUUGCCAAGCAUCAAGGAUAAAGAUGAAGAUGAUGAGGAUUGCAUCCAGCCGUGUGUAAUCCAGUAUGUUCUCUUCCCACCUCAUACAACGUCAAUGAGCAACAAGGAAAGUAAUUCUGAAGAGGGCACAGAAGAAAUUAUAACAGAUGCUGAUGCUGAUACAGAAGGAGAGCUGCAGAUAAUUGCAGAGUGCUGGAUAGAGCCACAGCAUGGUGUUGUUAUUAACAGUCCACCAGAAAGGUCUUACAUGAAUAAUCUCCCCUAUCACAAAUUGGCAGAUGCGACCUUUAUAUUGUGA